AUGUCAUCGAUUCAGUUCAACUUCCCGCCGGAGAGCUACUCGGCAGUUUACACUGCUGAUGGAACUACAAAUGCGAAUAACGUAGAGCACAGUUCUGAGGGUAUUUGCACUUGGAGAGGCAAGAACUUUAGACCUUGGCGCCCCUCAGAAUUUGUCGCCCUGGGCCAUCGCCCCAUCACCCCUCCCCCCCCCCCUAAUGGAGCACUGGCUGGACGCAAAAGUGCAGAUGGAUUACCUGAUGGUAAGCAAUCAGCGCCGCCCAUGGACGCCCGCAAAGACAGAGAAGUUACGAGUGCGUCGCCGACCUUUUGGGGUUUAAGGAUUAAGAGAUUUUUGGUGGUGGCAAAAUGUAACCUUACGGAUUCGUGUGACGGCUCGGCGUCCCCGCCCACGACGGUCCGCACGCCGCCAUCUUCAUUAUUCAGCUGCUUCCACUGUGCUGAGGCAAACGAGCAGACGGAUCACCUGAUGGUAAACGAUCGGCGCCGCCCAUGGACACCUGCAACACCAGAGGAGUCACAGGUGCGUUGCCGGCCUUUUAAGAAGGAGUACGCUCGUUUCUUGAAGGUCGGCAAACGAGCAGACGGAUUACCUGAUGGGAAGCAAUCAGCGCCGCCCAUGGACGCCCGCAACAACAGAGGAAUUACGAGUGCGUGGCCUAUAUAUACUAGACUAUAUGGGGAUAAAGGAUUUGGAGAUUUAGAGAUUGGGGGAGGGAAAGGAUUGGGCCUAGGGUAA